GCGGACUCACCAGCGGUGGGUGUGCGAGCUCAGUGUACACCGCGGUGCGGGCGCCGGGCGCUGGGAUGCGGGUGCGGACCGCAGAGCCGAAGAGGAGCCCCAGGCGUGCGUGCUAGCCGGGACCGGCGAGGGGUGGCCAGGCAGCGACAGGUUGCUCUGGGCGAGCGCGCGAUGCAGCGAGCGGCGUUGCUGGUCCGGCGGGGCUGUUGCCCCCGGCCCCCGGGUCUCUGGGGCCGUAGUCAGAGCAGCGCGGCUGCGGAGGCCUCGGCGGUGCUCAAAGUGCGGCCCGAGCGGAGCCGGCGUGAGCGCAUCCUUACGCUCGAGUCCAUGAACCCGCAGGUGAAGGCGGUGGAGUAUGCGGUGCGGGGACCCAUCGUGCUGAAGGCCGGCGAGAUCGAGCUGGAGCUGCAGCGGGGUAUCAAAAAGCCGUUCACUGAGGUCAUCCGUGCCAACAUCGGAGACGCACACGCCAUGGGCCAGCAGCCAAUCACCUUCCUCCGACAGGUGAUGGCACUCUGUACCUAUCCAAACCUGUUGGACAGCCCCAGCUUCCCAGAAGAUGCUAAGAAGCGAGCCCGGCGGAUCCUACAAGCUUGUGGCGGGAACAGCCUGGGAUCUUACAGUGCUAGCCAGGGUGUCAACUGCAUCCGUGAAGAUGUGGCUGCCUACGUCACCAGGAGAGAUGGCGGCGUGCCUGCAGACCCAGACAACAUCUACCUGACCACUGGAGCUAGUGACGGCAUUACUACGAUCCUGAAAAUCCUGGUUUCCGGGGGCGGCAAGUCACGGACAGGGGUGCUGAUCCCCAUCCCACAGUACCCCCUCUACUCGGCAGUCAUCUCCGAGCUCAAUGCCGUCCAGGUGAACUAUUACCUGGACGAGGAGAACUGCUGGGCCCUGAAUGUCAAUGAGCUGCGGCGGGCUGUGCGGGAGGCCAAAGACCACUGUGACCCCAAGGUGCUGUGCAUCAUCAACCCCGGGAACCCCACAGGUCAGGUGCAAAGCAGAAAGUGCAUAGAAGAUGUGAUUCACUUUGCAUGGGAAGAAAAGCUCUUUCUCCUGGCAGAUGAGGUCUACCAGGACAACGUGUACUCUCCGGACUGCAGGUUCCACUCCUUCAAGAAGGUGCUUUCCGAGAUGGGCCCUGAGUACUCCAGCAACGUGGAACUCGCCUCCUUCCACUCCACCUCCAAGGGCUACAUGGGCGAGUGUGGCUACAGGGGAGGCUACAUGGAGGUGAUCAACCUGCACCCUGAGAUCAAAGGCCAGCUGGUGAAGCUGCUCUCGGUGCGUCUGUGCCCCCCAGUGUCCGGGCAGGCCGCCAUGGACAUUGUCGUGAACCCCCCCGUGCCAGGGGAGGAGUCCUUUGAGCAGUUCAGCAGGGAGAAAGAGUCUGUGCUGGGUGACCUGGCCAAGAAAGCUAAGCUGACAGAAGACCUGUUUAACCAAGUCCCAGGAAUCCAGUGCAACCCGCUGCAGGGGGCCAUGUACGCCUUUCCUCGGAUCUUCAUCCCCAGCAAAGCUGUGGAGGCAGCUCAGGCCCAUGACAUGGCCCCCGACAUGUUCUACUGCAUGAAGCUCCUGGAAGAGACCGGCAUCUGCGUUGUGCCCGGCAGCGGCUUCGGGCAGCGGGAGGGCACCUAUCACUUCAGAAUGACCAUUCUCCCUCCAGUGGAGAAGCUGAAGACGGUUCUACAGAAGGUGAAGGAUUUUCAUAUAAAGUUCCUGGAGAAGUACGCGUGAGGACUCGGCCUCGGGGAGACCGGGCCCCAGCCCUCCCUGACGCCCACCCAGGCCAACUGAACUCACCUCCCCCAGCGACUCUGCCUCAGGCCUCACAGGCCACUGGUCGCUUUCAUCGUCAUUUUGCCCCAG